UUCGAGUCGUAAAUUCGGCCAGGUCAUAAAUAUUCGGCCACCCACUUAAAAGCUUUUUUUGGAGCUAGAUGCUUGAGAACGAAUCUGUUUCAUCACCAGCGCUUGCGAUAGCAACAAAGUCUGCAAAAUCAUCAAGUUGAGAAUGCCUUACCAUUACCGAACAUAUGACACUGAAUCACUGCAGAUGGCUGCGGCGGCAGUACAAAGAAAGCUCAUGUCUGCCAGAAAAGCAGCUGUAGAGUUUAGGGUGCCUCGGUCAACCCUACAAGACCAUGUACGAUUUUCAGUGACGCAAAAGGAAGGGCCAGUUUGUCUUCAGCCAGGUCGAAAACGAGAUUUGAGUGCGGAUGAGGAGACGUCACUGGCUGAGUACCUUCGAUAUAUGGCCAGUCAAGGGCUCCCAGCAACCAGGGAAGUUCUGCGGCAAAAAGUCGUAGAUAUCAUACUGUUGUCAGGUGGCAAAUCGAGAAUAAAUACUGAGAGAGGCCCAACUGACAGAUGGAUUCGGCAGUUUCUAGAGAGACACGGUCUCUCUGACAGACUUGCUGAGAACAUAAGCAAGGCCAGGGCGUCUAUGUCAACACCUGCAGUAGUUGAUGAGUUUUUUGAAUUCUUCAGAGAAGUAAUGACGCAGUAUGAUCUCCUGGACAAGCCUGAAAGGGUACUUUGAAUCUUUUGUUUCCAAUAUACAGGACUCAUUUUGACGACGAAGUAAAUGGUGUUGAGUGGUAUGGUUGUGAUGGAUGUGAGGCUUGGUACCAUGAUGGAUGUUUGAGUGUAAGGGAGUUGGAGUUUGUCAGAGUAAGUUUGAAUGAGAGAAGUGAUUGGCUGUGUAAGUCAUGUAGUGCUUGCUUGUAUGAGGAGUAAAUGGAGUGUCUUGGAGGAUCGAUGUUUUAAGUAGGUGCAAAGAAAGUUGUUACUUUUAUUUUAAGUAUUGAAUUAUUAAUUUACUAGUUU